UUAGCCUCAGGUAAAAAAAAAGAAACAGUCCAGGCUAGCGAAGGAAAACCUAAUUGCUGUCAUUGGGAGUGCUGGCUCACAUAUCCUCCUCUUCACCAGGCUUGACCUCUCAUCUGACCUGUAAUCACAACGACUCAUUAAAGAAGGAACUAGCACCUUGCCCUUACAAACAGAAAGUGGUCUUAGAAACAAUGUCCCUCCCCUUUGAGAAAAUGACCAGCAAGAAACAGGCCUACAGAAUCUGGGACAUCUACCAGAAGACCUUUUACCUGAGGAACAACCAACUUGUGGCUGGCUACUUGCAAGGCCCGAAUACUAACCUGGAAGAGAAAAUUGACAUGGUUUCCAUUGAACCUCAUUCUGUACUUUUGGGGAUCCAUGAUGGGAGCCUGUGCCUGGCCUGUGUCAAAUCUGGUGAUACAGUCCAGCUCCAGUUGGAGGCAGUGAACAUCACAGACCUGGACAAGGAUAGAAAUGAGUCCAAGCGCUUCACCUUCAUCAAGUCUGAAAAUGGUUCCACCUGCAGCUUUGAAUCUGCUGCCUGCCCUGGCUGGUUCCUCUGCACCCAGGCGGACCCUGACAGGCCAGUCAGCCUUUCCAACACUCAAACGGAGGCCAUCAUCACCAAAUUCUACUUCCAGAAGGAAUAGCUCCAAGAAGACUGCCUAUCUUCAUUCCUACCCUAUACUGUCUCCCUUCCUUGCUGGCCUUCCCCAGCAAGGAAGACCUUCCCUCACUCCUGGGUCUAGAAAUCCCCAUCUUUUUUCCAUUGCUGGCCACCCAAGGUAGCAGUGCCAUGGGUACUGUCAUCUCUGAGCCAGCCCAUUGAGGAAUAAGUGUUGGACUGGAAAUCAGGAGACUUGGGUCCCUGCCUUGCCACUUUUUACUUAUGUGACCUUGGACAGGUAACUUCACUUUUCUAAAUCUCAGUUUCACCAUCUGUAAAAUGACUAGGUUGGAGGAAAUAACCUCUGAGAUCUCCUGCAGCUCCAAAGUUAAUCUGGUUCUAAGCUCAGCUAACAAUGUGUUACCCGAUUUUCCUUUCUCUGGAUCUCAGGGUCCCCUGUCCAUUCCUCAGGGAAAGCAAGCCUGCCCCACCAAGGAAUAGCAACCCAGGAGAACAUUAGGAAAUGAUAAAGGCUCAGAUCUGUGAACUGGGCAUUUUGGUUUUUGGGGGGUUUUUGUAUGUCUUGUGACAUCCUACAUCAUGCUCCAAUAAAUCGUUGUGUCGGCUCUGCUAUAUAAAUUUCUUCCCCGUCUUAGGGCAAAGAGCGUAUGAGGAAGACACUGAGGUGGGCCAUACCCAAUUCCCAACACACUUAGUGGCUUUGCAUAUUUCCCUUUCUGUUCCAACCCUCAGUUUCUCCUAGAUAAAAAAACGGAGUUAAAGCUCUCUAGGGGAAUUAAGGUUGCAGUGUUCUGGAGACAAUGGAAAAACCAUAGUCAGUGUUGUAGGCCUAACAUGAUACCGAAUGACUCCCAAAAAACACAUUCUACUUUGAGCAAAAAGGGCAGAAGAGGGGCAUGCUAUAAAGGUCUGAGGACUAUUAAUAAUCAGUGUCUUCCAUUUCUUGGGGUUGGGAAGACGUAUUCAGACAGAGGUACUACAGCCACAUUGAGGGAUCCCUGACAUAGGAUGGGUCCCAAGUCACAAAGAAGGUACUUUAUCAGCCC